UGCUUGUGCUGGGCAGUGGAAAUUGUUGUGUAAAAAGAGUUAUUUAGGUCGUAUCGUGGUUCAACGUGAAGCAGAAACCUCUCGAAAAAGGAAUUCUGUUGCAUUCUGUUGCGUUGAAACGUAAACAACCCUGCUUAUGUGAGGUGGAAAGGCGCGGAAACUAUUUUGGUGUUUUCGGUUAUUGUAAGUGUCUACAGCAAUGCCGCAUCGCAAGAAGUCGACAAGCACAACCGAAUCCAGCAGCGGUAGCUCAUCGGAUUCCAGCUCCAGCACAGAUUCGGGAAGCACACGCGGUUCGGAUUCGGUAAGCUCCAGCAGUGAAAGUGAUUCGUCCAGUUCGCAAGAACCAACGCCAAGGCCUGCUAACAGUGGUAAUGGUGCGGCUACAAAUGCUGCCAGUGGUAAUGCUCCACCAGCGAAAGUAAACGACAAAAUCGCUCGUCGUCGCAGUUCGGAAAUUGGUGGUGGCACGAACAAAACGGCAAAUCCCGCCAAUAAACCGGAUCACACGAUCAAAGAUAAACCGAUUCCAAUCAAGCAGCAGAAGCUUUCGAAAAGUUCAAUAUCAUCUAGCGAUGAGGAUGAUUUUGAGCCAACUGCAAAUAAAUCACAAAAUGCCGGUGGGCAGAAGAAGGGAACCGCAGUCGACACGGGCAAAAAGAAACCGACUGCCGCCGUGCAGGGAAAGGAGAAAUCCGGUGGACCUUCAGCGCCACCAAUUACCGGAGGUAAAGUUCCCCCGUCGGUUAUCAAACAGCAGCAGCAGCAGCAGCACCAUCAGAAUCCUACUCCCGUCACCAAGGGAGCCGCCAAGGCGAGCACGGUGGUGAAGAGUUUGCACAAAUCCAACAACAAUGGUACCGGUACAAAUUCCGGUGUGAAAAAACCAGGUUCAACUGGAACAGCAUCACAAGUCGGUACUGCGUCGAAGGCAAAGAAAAAGAGCAUAUUUUCGCCCGUAAACUCUUCCGAGUCGGGCGACGAGAAUGCUCCGGAAAAGCCGGAUUUAAAAGAUAGGCGAACGUCGAGUUCCAGCUCGACUAGUGGAAACGCAACCUUACCAUCUACGGGGCCUAGUUCGGAUGUCUGCGAUAAGAAUACGCCCGCUUCCGGAACGUCUGCAGUCCCGGCGGCACAACAACGUGGACGAGGCCGUCCACGGAAAGCUUCUCAGGUAGGACAAUCCAAUGCCGCACAGCAGAAACCGGUCGCACAAGUCAAACCACAGCCGGGAACGAGCAAUUCAUCAUCAAAAGUGGCCACACCUUCGGUUGCUGCGUCGAAAACGGUGAAAUCUCCCAUCGACGCCCUUUCGUCGGCCACAUCCAGCUCGAGCGACACUUCCUCCAGUGAAACGUCCGAUUCCGAAACGGAGUCAUCCGACGAUUCGUCGCCAUCGGCCGGCGCAACGGCACAACAGUUGAAAAAAGCAAACAGCACCAUGAAGCGACUGCUUGAAAGGACACCUCAGAAAAACGACCCAAAGGAUGGCCUGGCGGCGGGUUCGGAUUCCGAGACGGAAACGACAAAACAGACGCGAAAACUCACUCGGUCCGCUAGCACGCGCAAAUCGAAGCAUUUGCUGGGGAAGAACGCGUCCGAAACUGAUUCCGAUGCGGACAGUGUGAAGCGGUCGGCAUCCAAAAGUCCGGUAAAGAAACCACCGGGUGUCCCAACGAAGGGGAAGGCGAAAAACAAUAUCUCCAACUCGCUGCUGUCAUCGAGCAAGCGGACGAACGAUAAACCACCGCCAAAGGAGUUGCCCGUCGAGGAGACGCCGGUUGAACGGCGUUGCCCGUUGGAACAUUGCGACUCGCUCGGGCACAUGGGUGGACAGUUCGAGAGGCAUUUCACCCUCGAAGCGUGUCCGAUGUACCACAACAUGAACGCUGACCAAACGAAACAGCUCCUGGUGGAACGCAAGCAGCGUGAAGAAGAACGGCGCCGUUCGGUUCCGGUGUACGAAAAUUCUAAAAAGAUACAAACCCCGGAGCAGAAAAUUUACGCCCAGAAGAUACGUGAUAUAAGGGCACGGUUUAAACCAACACCACCGCCACCGCCGGCCCCAGGAACCGAGCGUCCGAAACCGCUGCUCGAUCAAGAAGGGAACGAAAUCGAACCCGAGCCCAAUUUAGACGGGAUCGUACCGGAUUACGAUCUUCAGCUGUUCCGUGAGGCACAGGCACUGGCUAGCGAAAGUAUCGAGAAGGAGCUCGGUGAUAUGGUGACCGGGAAGGGCACGAAAUACAUCUCGAUGGGGCGACACUGCAUGCAGGUCUGGUACCAGUCGCCCUACCCGGACGAUGCCACGCGGCUACCGAAAUUGUAUCUGUGCGAGUUUUGCCUGCGCUAUCAAAAGUCGGAGGUGGGCAUGAAGCGUCAUGCGGCCAAGUGUGUCUGGCGACAUCCGCCUGGUGAUGAGAUCUAUCGCAAAGGAAAGCUUGGCGUGUGGCAGGUGGACGGGAAACGGCACAAGCAAUACUGUCAGCAUCUGUGUUUGCUGGCAAAGUUUUUCCUGGACCACAAAACACUGUACUACGAUGUGGAACCGUUCCUGUUCUACGUGAUGACGCUAGCGGAUAGUGACGGCUGCCACACGGUGGGAUAUUUCAGCAAGGAGAAGAAUUCGUUUCUCAACUACAACGUAUCCUGCAUCCUUACCUUGCCACCGUACCAAAGGAAAGGUUACGGUCGAUUGCUCAUCGACUUCAGUUACCUGUUAACACGAGUGGAAGGAAAAAUUGGAUCACCGGAGAAGCCGCUGUCCGAUUUGGGCCUGAUAUCCUACCGAUCGUACUGGAAAGAUGUGCUGUUGCAAUACUUAUGCUCACGUCCCGGCACUACACUCAGCAUAAAGGAUAUUUCACAGGAAAUGGCCAUCAAUUCAUACGAUAUCGUCAGCACACUGCAGGCCCUCGGGAUGAUGAAGUACUGGAAGGGCAAACACAUUAUCCUCAAGAAGCAGGAUUUCCUGGAGGAGUACGAGGAACGGAUUAAGCGCCGCAGUAACAUGCCGAAGAUUGAUCAGUCCUGCCUGAAGUGGACCCCGUUUGUCGCUCCCGCCCCCUCCACGCCAUCCUCCUAGCGCCAGCCACACAUGAAUAACGUCCACAACCAUUACCACAACAACAUCGGUCAGCCAGCGCACGCGACAAACAACCACUGCUUGACGAAGAACAGUUUUCGGAGCGUUUUGUAAGAAGCAAUAGUGGCAGGAGGCGGAAAUCUCUUUCCCUUAAGCAUAUGAGACGCAUUUUGGACGUCGUACAAAAGUGAAAGACAAAUGGUGUGCGUGUUGAUGUGUAACAUGUAUUUUAAAACCCUUCUCUAAACUAGCAUUAGCCAAGUUAACUUUCUUUACGUCACGUGCAUUUCCUUGGUCAACCGCUAAACAACAGUCGGAAUCAGCUCGUCGUCCUAGUGUACAGUGCUGUUUUAUAGUUCUCUCCCCCCCUCUCUCUCUUCAUCUACCCGCAAGUAUUCGACUGAAGACUUUAUUAGGAAGUAGUUCCCGAAUCGUAUAAGUGUGUGUCUACGUAAUAACUGUGUGCAGCGUACAUUCGUGUGUUACUGUGAGCAGAAAGAAAAAAGUGAUGCAAUUUAGGGUUUUAGUGCCACUCACUAGGUAGAAAUUGUCGUUUGUAGGUAUUCGGUGGCCGAGUUAUUUAUCUUUCACGCCAUUCAUCGCUCUUCCGAAACCGUGAAAUAGGAAAAAAAUAUAUUGUAACGUCUUGUAGAAAGGAUUCAUGUUUGUAUGUACUCAACGAUUAUACUUUCAGGAAGAUAUCACACGGGUUGUUUUCUUUACAUCAUUGCUAAAUAGCUAAAUGCUAACUAAAUCAACAUUACAUACAG